GGCAGUGCGCAUGUGCGAAAUUUAGAGGGACGCUUGAGAAACUGAAACUGCAGACGAUAUCAAUGUUUAUAAUUAACAGCCUUCAAUAAAGGUUAGUAUUGAAGUUCACGGCAAACGGAUCCUAACAGGCACACGGACAGAAAGAAAACCAUGUCAACUCAGCCUCUCAUCAGAUCAAAGCAGACCGAGAAAUCAAUCAAUGGAAUAUCCACACAGGUUGUUUGCACAGAAUUCAGUAACUACAUAUUUAUAGUUCUCACACAGUAUGGAAAGAUUGGCACUUUAGUAUCAGUCACACCUGACUCCAGAUCAGGUGAUAUCAGCACUCCCAUGUUCACCACCAAAGUGUUGCUGGGAAAAGAAGAGGCUUUGACACACGUCUGUGCCAAAAACUUGGCAACAUUUGUGUCACAAGAGGCAAGCAACAGGCCUGUUCUACUGGGAUUGGCACUCAAGGACAGUUCCAUAGAAGCAAUAAAGGCCAUGAAAGAUAUAAUCAAAAGUUGUCAAGUCUGGUAACUACUGGUACAGGGAACGAGCAACAGAAUCGCCUACCUGGAAAGACAAUUUCAGAAAAGACUUCAUACACUUAACACAUUUUUUCCUCAAUGUUUUUGCAUCCUUUAAAAACGUAUUUUGUUAUCUGUUGUUACUUCUAAGCUUGAUGUGGAAAUAAAUGCCAUAUAAAUGGGAAGUUUAUGCAUUAUAAAUGCCUAUGGAAUUUUGUGGAUCGAGUGGAAGCCAAUGGCCACAAACUUAUUCUGUUUGAGACAACCAUCUCGAUUUUAAAGCCACACUCUGAAUACUGUUAGUGCACAAAUAUAAAUAAAGGAGCGAAUGCAUCCCAUGAAAUUCACAUGCAAAAUAGCAUUUGAUUGAUUGCUGUGGUAAAGUUUGGGGUCACUUAGAAAUGUCCUUAUUUUUGAAAGAAAAUGUUGUUUAAGACUGGUGUAUUGCGGGUACUAUAUAAUGAAGCUGCCAGUUGAGGACAUGUUUCUCAAACUAGACACU